UCGGGACAAAGGGCCGGAGCCCGCGGGCCUCCCUGCCUGGGGCUCCCCAGAUCCCGUGAGCAGAGGGGCAGCGGGCCUCGCAGCCACAGAGGGUGCGCGCACUUUUGUGCAGCUGUACAGCGAGUAGAAAGCCAGCAGCCGGGGUCUCUCUCCCCGAUGGAAGCAGAACCCGGAGGCGGGUCGGGAGCAAGUCUCCCCAAGUUUGUUCCGGGUUUGAUCAACUUUCUGGUCCGGGUUUCACCUCCAAGCGGUCAGAGUUCGCAGCAGCAGCCGAGCUCCUCGCGGUCUGGAAGCCCAGCUCGGGCGCGUCCGCCGGGUCCCCCAGUGGCCCCCGCCUCCAGGACCUGCGGGAGAAGGCUGCGUGAGGUAAGGGGCGUUGGUAGCGGAGACCCCACCCCCUGUGUCUGCACCCAGUGCCUAGGGGUUACUGGGGUCCCUGCGGGACUCCAAGAAGUUUUCGGCGUUCGACGUCCGGAGUCCCGGGUAUGCAGUAGAGCCUCACUGGGGGAAAUGUCAGCGUGGACCAUGGGCACUCGCAGUUUGGACAAGCGAGGAAGUUUCUUUAAGCUCAUUGACACUAUCGUCUCAGAGAUUGGAGAACUGAAGCAAGAGAUGGUGCAGACGGAUACCAGCCUGGAAAAUGGCCUGGAAGUUGCCACUGAAGCCCACAGCAUGGUGAGACACAAGGAUGACGGCUAUUCUAUGGAAAAGGAUGUGAAGUCCUGUCCCCGAGACUCUGGCUAUGACAGCCUCUCCAACAGGCUCAGCAUUUUAGACCGGCUUCUCCACACCCACCCCAUCUGGCUGCAGCUUAGUUUGAGUGAGGAGGAAGCAAUAGAAGUCCUACAAUCCCAACCUCCAGGGAUUUUCCUAGUUCAUAAAUCUACCAAAAUGCAGAAGAAAGUUCUCUCCCUUCGCUUGCCCUAUGAAUUUGGAGCUCCACUGAAGGAAUUUGCCAUCAAGGAAAGUACAUAUACCUUUUCUCUGGAAGGUUCAGGAAUCAGUUUUGCAGAUUUAUUCCGGCUUGUGGCAUUCUACUGCAUCAGCAGGGAUGUUCUGCCAUUUACCUUGAAGUUGCCUUAUGCCAUUUCAACAGCCAAGACUGAGACUCAACUUGAAGAACUAGCCCAGCUGGGACUAAAUUUUUGGAGCUCUCCAGCUGACAACAAACCCCCAAACCCUCCACCUCCCCAUAGGCCUCUCUCCUCAGACGGUGUUUGUCCUGCCUCACGUCAGCUCUGCCUUAUAAAUGGAGUGCAUUCUAUAAAAACCAGGACGCCUUCAGAGCUGGAGUGCAGCCAGACCAACGGAGCCCUGUGUUUUAUUAAUCCUCUUUUCUUGAAAGUGCACAGCCAGGACCUCUGUGGAGGCCUGAAACGGCCCGGCACAAGGAAUCCUAACGCGAAUGGCACUGAGCGGCCUCGGUCCCCUCCACCCAGGCCCCCGCCACCCACUAUUAAUAGUCUGCACACAAGCCCUCAGCUGUCCAGGACUGCAGCCCAAGAGAGCAUGCCAGAAACAGUCAACCAUAACAAACAUGGGAACGUAGCUCUGCUUGGAACGAAACCAACCCCCAUCCCUCCACCCCGCCUGAAGAAGCAGGCUUCUUUUCUUGAAGCAGAAGGCAACAGCGCAAAGACCUUGACCGGUGGCCGGCCUCACCCCAGCCUGGAGCCAGGGUUGGAGCUCGAGCUAGAGCUGGAGUUGGAGCCGGAGUCUAGCACAGCUGGCAAUCCAGGUAGAGCCCCGCCUGCAGAAGCCCCGGAGAAUUGCACAAGGGCCCAGCCUGCCAGCUCUGAAUCACAGCCCCUGUGGCAUGGAGGCAGACAGAGACUGAGCGACAUGAGCAUUUCCACUUCCUCCUCCGACUCGCUGGAGUUCGACCGCAGCAUGCCCCUGUUUGGCUACGAGGCGGACACUAACAGCAGCUUGGAGGACUAUGAAGGGGAAAGUGACCAGGAGACUAUGGCCCCCCCCAUCAAGUCCAAAAAGAAGAGGAACAGCAACUUUGUGCUGCCCAAGCUCGUCAAGUCCCAGCUCCGAAAAAUGAGUGGGGUAUUCAGCUCCUUCAUGACUCCGGAGAAGCGCAUGGUCAGGAGGAUCGCAGAGCUGUCCCGGGACAAGUGCACCUACUUUGGCUGCCUGGUGCAGGACUAUGUGAGCUUUCUGCAGGAGAACAAGGAGUGCCACAUGUCCAGCACUGACCUGCUGCAGACCAUCCGGCAGUUCAUGACCCAGGUGAAGAACUAUUUGUCCCAGAGCUCAGAACUGGACCCCCCCAUCGAGUCACUAAUCCCUGAAGAUCAGAUAGAUGUGGUGUUGGAGAAGGCUAUGCACAAGUGCAUCUUGAAGCCUCUCAAGGGACACGUAGAGACCAUGCUGAAGGACUUUCAUAUGGCUGAUGGCUCAUGGAAACAGCUUAAGGAAAACCUGCAGCUCGUGCGGCAAAGGAACCCACAGGAAUUGGGGGUCUUUGCUCCAACCCCUGAUUUUGUAGAUGUGGAGAAAAUCAAAGUCAAAUUCAUGACCAUGCAGAAAAUGUAUUCGCCAGAAAAGAAAGUCAUGUUGCUGCUGAGAGUCUGCAAGCUUAUCUACACUGUUAUGGAGAACAACUCAGGGAGGAUGUAUGGAGCUGAUGACUUCUUACCCGUCCUGACCUAUGUCAUAGCUCAAUGUGACAUGCUUGAACUGGACACUGAAAUUGAGUACAUGAUGGAGCUCUUAGACCCAUCACUGCUACAUGGAGAAGGAGGCUAUUACUUGACAAGUGCCUACGGAGCGCUCUCUCUCAUCAAGAAUUUUCAGGAGGAACAAGCAGCAAGGCUGCUCAGCUCAGAGACUAGAGACACCUUGAGGCAGUGGCACAAGCGGAGAACCACAAACAGGACCAUUCCCUCUGUGGAUGACUUUCAGAAUUACCUCCGAGUUGCAUUCCAGGAGGUUAACAGUGGCUGCACAGGAAAGACUCUCCUCGUGAGGCCGUACAUUACUACUGAAGAUGUGUGUCAGCUGUGUGCUGAGAAGUUCAAGGUGAGGGACCCUGAAGAGUACAGCCUCUUUCUCUUUGUGGAUGAAACAUGGCAGCAACUGGCAGAGGACACUUACCCUCAAAAGAUCAAGGCCGAGCUGCACAGCCGGCCCCAACCGCACAUCUUCCAUUUUGUCUACAAGCGCAUCAAGAAUGAUCCUUAUGGUGUCGUCUUCCAGAAUGGAGAAGAAAACAUCCCCAUUUCAUAGAAGAAACUUGGGACUUCCCAGUGGUGCAUCCAAAGGGGGGCUAGAAACUGUGCCUUCUGGUUUCCAUGUACUUGUGCUUGAAAAGGAGUCUCCUUGGGGACUCUGUGAUUCAUUGACUAAGCCAUCCACAGGUCGACAUGGCCAAGGCCAUCUUUCAGCCACAUUGCCCAAGCAAGUUUGUCCUGAUUCAUAACGCAGUAGGCCUCUCCUUCAGAGAUGGAGAAUUGCAUUUGAUGGUUCAAGGGUCCUGACGUUGUCUGCUAUCUGCCCUGAGCCAGGUUCUAGGUUGGCUCGUGCGUGUGUGUGUGUGUGUGUGUGUGUGUGUGUGUGUGUGUGCGCGCGUGCACGCGCACACACAUGCACGCACACUGAAUAAAGAUUAAGGUACAGAUCACCUCUUGAAUUCCACAAUAGGUAUUUGAAAAGACUGUCUGAUGCAGUGCAUCAUUGACUUCUCAGUCCUGUGGAUGGCCCUAUCUUUCCCUUCCUUCUUUUAUUUUAUCCCUUUUCUUCUCUCGUUCUCUCUCUCUCUCUCCCUCCCUCUCUUUUUUACAAAGAGUCUGUGUUUUUAUAUAUAUUUCAUAGAAAUGUUUAUAGCAGUUGCAGGUAAACUGUCAGGAUUGGGUUUUUAAAAUAUUUUUGUAACUUUAAAGUAUUCUAUAAUUAUGCAUGUGAUCUUAACAUUUAAUGUUUGAACAAGAAAUCUCUUGCUGGAUUUGAGAGUAUUGCAUUUUAAAAUUCUUUUCUCUGUAACUGGAUGUUUGGGCAACUUUGUGGAGAGAGACUGCUGGGUUUCUUAAAGUAAUGCAUUAUUGACACUGGCCAUGAAAUGCCUUUGGAUAUAUUAUGUACUGUUACCUUGUUCACACUCAGUUGUAUUGUGCUGUCUCAUGUUUUAACCAAAUGAUACUGAGAAUCAGGAGAGCAAUGAACGUGGAGAUAGACAGAGAGAGAAACACAGAUUUUAAUAAAGGACUAAGGAGUAUAGUCUGCUGGUUCAGGCUCCUUAAAGGACAUGGAAAAAAAGGGUUUAGAAGGAACCACCUAUGCUAAAAAUACUGUAAAUAUGUAAUGAGAAUUGACCAAAAAAAAAAAAAGAAAAACUCUAUCCCAUAUGUUAAUUUGUUUUUUUUGAACCCGCCCCCAUGGGGGAAAAAAAGAUAACAUUUUUUUUCUUUUCCACAUAAAUCAAAACAAUAGCAUCAAAUCAUUUUGGGCAAAAGUCAAACCAAGUAGUGUACAAUGUGACUUUCAUGUUGUUAAAUAAGAUGCUGUUUGGAAAAUAGUCUAUAAGUACUCCAAAAAGCCCAUUCAUGUUAUAAGAAUGUAUAGUGAUAUUAAAUUUGUUUUGCAAAACCUGUUUAGGAAGUUACAAAUAUGAGGGGUUUGUAUCAAUGUAACACAGGUAGUUACAAAAACAUUUUUUCAUACUGUGUAAAGAUUCAUAGUCAUCUAAUUUGGUUGGUUUUGUGCCUUGAUACCCUUUUUAGCCUUUUUGUACAUCUAGAACCCUGAGUACAAACUGUGUUGUACAUCCUUUUGUAAAUGAUUUUUUUCAAUGGAAUUUUGCACAUAGUACUUUGUAAUAGUGUAUAAUAAUCAUGUGUGAAAAUAAUUUUUGAAAUAUU